AUGACCUUUGUCCCUGCACCUGGCUACCAGCCCACCUAUAACCCGACGCUGCCUUACAACAGUCCUAUCCCAGGAGGUCUCAAUGUCGGGAUGUCCAUCUACAUCCAAGGAAUGGCCAACGAGAACAUGAGGAGGUUCCAAGUGAACUUUGCCAUGGGACCAGAACCGGAAGGUGACAUUGCCUUCCACUUCAAUCCUCGCUUCGAUGGCUGGGACAAGGUGGUCUUCAACUCGAGGAAUUCGGGCAAUUGGGGAAGUGAGGAGAGGAAACUUAAGAUGCCCUUCACCAAGGGGGAGCACUUUGAGAUGGUGGUGAUGGUCCUGCAGGAGCACUACAAGGUGACAGUGAAUGGAAAUCCUUUCUAUGAGUUUAAGCACCGGGUGCCCCCGCAGAUGGUCACGCACCUGCAAGUGGAUGGGGACCUGGUGCUCCAAUCCAUCAACUUCAUUGGUGGCAAUCCCGAUCCCAGCCAGGGCCCUGGAGAUACUCCGGCAUACCCUGGCCCUGGAGUUGCUCCCCAACCACCAUUUAACCUGCCUGCCAUGGAAGCACCUCCAGUCUUCAACCCGCCUGUGCCGUAUACGGGGAGACUUCAGGGAGGUCUGAUGGCCCGUCGGACCAUCAUCAUCAAGGGCUUCGUUCCCCCUUCAGCCAAGAGAUUCGCCAUCGACUUCAAGGUGGGCGGCACGGGGGAGGUGGCCCUGCACAUCAACCCCCGCAUGGACGAAAAAUGCGUGGUGCGGAACAGCCUCCAGAAUGGAGCAUGGGGGUCCGAGGAAAGGAACCUCUCCCACAACCCCUUUGCUCCAGGACAGUACUUUGACCUGUCCAUCCGCGCUGGCUCUGACCGCUUUAAGGUGUUCGCCAAUGGCCAGCACUUGUUCGACUUUGCCCAUCGCAUUCCGGCCUUCCACAUGGUGGACAUCAUGGAGAUCUCCGGGGAUGUCACCUUGUCCUACAUCCAGAUCUAA